AUGAUCGACGACGAAGAAGAAAGACACUGGCUGCUCCUGGGAAUUCGCCGCGGCUCUGUCCGUGGCUCCAUAACUCUCACUCUUUUCAAAGUGCUGGAGGAAACAAAGUUGUUGACUAUGCCUAUCAACCAGUACGAGAAUCAAGAAAUCCUGCAGCCGGGCAUAUUCCACUGCAUACGACAAAUGCCUAGUCAAGUUCAAGCCCUCAUGCUACAAGAUCCUGAGGAAUGCCUUGAUUCUCUUUCCAAGAUUGCCCAGCUUUGCAAGCAAAGCACCUACCGAGUCUGGAAGUACUACAAGGAUACGGCGACCCACAUGCUUCACCAAGAAAAGGUCAUCUUCGUCGCCCCGGAUGGCAAAAAGUCAAAAGCCAUCUCUCUCUCCCGCUUUUUGACCACUAAACGUGCCCUUUACCAUGACGGUAUCGUUGACGAGAGACAUUUGAGCUACGAGUUAUUUGUGGACAAAUUGAAGCAUUUCUGCGGCUAUGAUCCCUCCAUCCACGAUAUCAGUCUCUGGCACGUGGAGCCAGGAUCCCCGUCACGACCAGAGGAGGCUAAUGCUGUCAUCGACCAUGAGAGUUGGAUAUCGGCUAUGAUUGAAGAGCAGAAUAUGCUGCAGAGCUCUAAAACGCCGCUGGUUUUCCAUGUUGUCGAGCUGAAUAGGCAUCUAGCAUUCUACCUUGGCCACAGCUUCGCGUCCUAG